AUGGCACUCAUGAUGAGAGCCUCCUUGGAGGUGGUGGCAGCCAACCAAACAGGACAGUUGUACAACUGUGUGUAGUACCGCACUGGUACAUACCAGCCCAUCUCACUGCACAUGAUCCUCCCAGAGCCUGUGAACAUAUCCAUAGGCUUGUCACUGGUGCCCACCACCAACUCCUCCUGGAUGCUGGUAAGACUGUGGCCUACUAUGCACAGAGCCUGUGGGGAGAAUAUGUAUGCAAAAGGCUCCUGCCUCCUGUUGGACUACCACCUGCUGCAGAUCCCAGCUGCCCUGCCAGAGUGUCCAAAUCAAGACAUGGACAUCGUCUUUCUGAUAGAUGGCUCUAGCAGCAUCGACAGAAGUGACUUUGAACAGACGAGGGACUUUGUCAGAGCUGUGAUGGACCAGUUUGAGGGGACCAAAGUCCUGUUCUCUCUGAUGCAGUACUCAAACCUCCUGGAGAUCCACUUCACCUUCACCUCAUUCAGUCAGAAAGUAGGAGAUGCUUUCCAGGAAUCCACUGCCAAACAAAUGCUGAGCACCAUUGGCUCAGCACCCCCGCAGUACCACAUGUUCAUGGUGGACAACUUUGCAGUGCUUGGUAGCAUCCAGAAGCAGCUGAAGGAGAAGAUCUUUGCAGUUGAGGAAACCCAGCUGAAGACAAGUAGCUUCUUCCAGCAUGAGAUGUUUCAAGAAGGCUUCAGUUCAGUACUCAUAAUGGAUGGACCAGUUCUGGGGGCUGUAGGGAGCAUCAGCUGGUCUGGAGGUACCUUCCUGUACCCCCCAAAUCUGAGCCCCACAUUUGUCAACAUGUCUCAGGAGAAUGUGAACAUGAGGGACUCUUACCUGGGUUACCCCACGGAGUUGGUCCUUUGGAAGGGGCUGCAGAGCCUGGUCCUGGCUGCCCCUCACCACCAGCACACUGGAAAGGCUGUCAUCUUCAUCCAGGUGUUGAGGUGAUGGAUGCUGCAGGCCGAAGUCACAGGGACCCAGGUUGGCUCCUGCUUCAGGGCCUCCCUCUGCUCCGUGGAUGUGGACAGAGAUGGCAGCACUGACCUGGUCCUCAUCGGGGCCUCUCAUUUCUAUGGAUGGACCUGGGGGGUGUCUUAUGCCCCUGGCUCCGGGGGGCGGGCCAAGUGGCAGUGUCAGGCUGCUCUCCAUGGGGCAGGGCAUCCUUGGGGAAGCUUUGGAGCAACCCUGACAGUGCUGGACGUGAAUGAGGAUAAGAUGACAGACGUGGCCAACAGGGUGCCCAGGGAGAAGGAGAACCGGGGUGCAGUCUACCUAUUUCAUGGAGCAUGGACUGGGAUCAGCCCCUCCCACAGCCAGCAGAUCACAGGUUCCCAUCUCUCUCCCAAGCUCCAGUAUCUUGGGCAGUUGCUGAGUAGGGGUCAGGACCUCACCCAGGAUGGACUGGUAGACUUGGGCAUGGAGGCCCAGGGCUACAUGCUAUCCCUGCUUGCACCCCUCAGGAGUCAGCCUGUGCUGAAAGUCAGGGUAGCCGUAAGAUUCACUCCCAUGGAGGUUGCUAAGGCUGUGUGCCAGUGCUGGGAAGAGGUGCCCACCACCCUGGAAGCAGAUGCCACAGUCUGUCUCACUACCUACAAACUCCCCUUUGAGAAGAACUGUGGACAAGAUCGCCUCUGUGAAGGAGAUCUGAGCAUCAACCUUAGCUUCUCAGGUCUUGUCCUUCCCCUUUCAGCCUGCACACUAAUGCUGGGGAGCUCCCUGGAGCUCAGUGUGACAAUGACUGUGUGGAAUGAGGGUGAAGAUUCUUAUGCAACCGUGAUCAACUUCUACUACCCACUAGGGCUGUCCUAUCAGCGGGUGUUAGGGACCCAGAACCAACCUCAUCAGUCCCCACUGCACCUGGCUUGUGAGGCAGUACCCCAGAGCGAAGACCUGAGAAGCAGCAGCUGCAGUUUCCAAGAGGGCAGUGAAGGCAUCUUCAUAGUCACAUUCAAUGUCUCUCUCAAGGCCACCCCGGGAGACAAGCUGCUUCUGGUGGCCAAUGCAAGCAGGUGAGCCCAGAAUAAUAAGCCUACAACCAACAAGACCACCUUUCUGGAACUCCCAGUGAAAUAUACUGUUUACAGGGUACGCAGCAGGCAGGAAGAAUCCACCAUGUACUUCAACUUUACAACUUCUGAUGAGAAGAGCAGGGAAGAGGCCAAGCACAGAUAUCAUGCGAAUAACCCGAGUCAGUGGGAUAUGGCCGUCAGCAUUAAUUUCUGGGUUACCAUCCUGCCGAACAGUGUGGCUGUGUUGGUUGUGGCUGUGGUGGCCCCUUCACAAGUUCUCCCCUGUACGUCAGAGAGGGAACAACUUCAAUAUUCUGACUUCCUGACCAAGAUUCCAAGGAGCCCCAUGUUGGACUGCUCCGUUGCUGUCUGCCUGAGGUUCCACUGUGACAUCCCCUGCUUCAGCAUCCAGGAGGAACUUGACUUCAUCCUGAAGUGUACGUAACUUCAUCUUUGGCUAGGUCAACCAGGUAUGCUGCAGAAUGUAUUGGCUGUGAGUGUGGCUGAAAUCACAUUUAACAGAUCUGUGUAUUCCCAGCUUCCAGGACAGGAGGCAUUUAUGAGAGCCCAGAUGGAGACAGUGCUGGAGGAGUGUGGAGUCUACAAUCCUAUUCCUCUCAUCACUGGCAGCUGUAUGGGAGGACUGCUGCUGCUGCUGGAUCUCAUCACAGCUACACUGUACAAGCUGAGUAUUUUCGUCCCACUCUUGACACCACCAGCAUCCAACCUGAGCCCUCCCGCAGAUAGGAGAGUAUAG